UUAGAACUCUGUUCAAUAAUAAUGUGUAGAUAUUGCAGCAUCUUGUGAUAAUGUCAGUUUCUAUGCCCAAUGACUAUUUCAAGUAAAGAAGUUGUAAACAUUAUUUACCUGGUAUAAAUGAUUCAACAUAGGCUCAAUUAGUGCGAUUUCUCUACCGACAAUUCACAGUAAUAUUCCAAUGAGAAAUCAAAUCUUUGAGUGGGAUCCGUCUUGGAGUACGCAGCGUAAAGAGUAAAAAGUGCUCCCUAUGGUUGAUUGACCAGAAGCUAGUAUGAGUGGCUGGAGCUGAUCGCUGUAAGAGAAGUUCACCAUGCACGGGAUGUGGAAAUACGAACGAAUGAGACUCGAGCAUGACAGUCGCCUAUUUUUCAGUCACUGUUGACUUUGCCUUACAGAUGUCGAAAGGAUGUCUGGGAAUUGGAUGUCAGCUUGCAAACCGGCAGCUCCUGGAAAGCGAGAGGGAGCUGUGCUGCAAACCUGCUAUUAAUAUGGUGGUGGGGCAGUGACGCUGACGACUUUGAACAAUUCCCUUGAAAGUUGCAAACUCAGCUUUUAUCAACAGCUCAUUCUGCUCUGCAUACACGGUAUCUAAAUUCAACUUGCCAGAUAAACUAAGAGGAGAUAUCAAGGACAAGGCCCUGUCCUACGCUGGGAUUGAUUAACACCAGAUAUGCAGAUCCUAUCGAAGGGAGUGAACAGAUACUACCAUGGCGUUGUGGACAUGGGAAGCAAUGGCAUCCGCUUCUCAAUCUCGGAUCUUACCCCGCCAACCGCCAGGAUAAUGCCGACACUCUUCCAAGAUCGUGCGGGUAUUUCACUAUACGAUGCACAACACGAGAAAGGAAGCGGCCAAAGACAUCCAAUUUCCAAAAAGGUACAAAAGGAGGUUGUAUCCUCUCUUUUGCGAUUCAAGCAAACAUGCAUUGACUUUGGAGUCCCGCCAUCGAACAUUUAUGUUAUAGCUACCGAGGCCACUCGGACUGCGCCGAAUUCUGAGGAGUUUAGAGAUCGAGUGACAAGAGCUACGGGCUGGGAGAUUCAAAUGCUUUCACGAGAAGAAGAAGGUAGGGUUGGAUCUCUAGGUAUAGCAAGUAGCCUUGGGGUGGUGGAGGGUCUUAUAAUGGAUCUGGGAGGGGGCAGUGUUCAGAUCACUUGGAUGUCGCCGAGAGCGGAAGCGAAGCGGGGCUUCAGUUUCCCAUAUGGUGCGGCAGCAUUGACGAAGAAGUUAGAAGAGGCCAAGCAAAUUGGAGAUGAUGCAUUGGAAAAACUGUCGGGGGAAAUAACAACCAAUUUCAGACAGGCGUACAAGGACCUCGACAUUCCAAAAGAAAUAGUCGAUGACGCAAGGAAAAACGGUGGCUUUGACCUCUAUCUCAGCGGAGGCGGGUUCAGGGGCUGGGGCUACCUACUCAUGAACCAGUCAGAUAUUGACCCUUACCCAAUCCAAAUCAUCAAUGGCUUUAAGGUGCCCUUCCCGUCCUUCAGAAAUACAAAGCCAUUAGAGAAGCUGGCGGCUGCGUCAGAGGUAGUCGACAUAUCCCAUGUCUCCGACAGACGAAGAGCCCAAGCCCCCGCAGUCGCAUUCCUCAUCCAUGCACUCUCCCACGCCCUCCCAAAAAUCAAAGACGUCCGUUUCUGCCAAGGAGGCGUGCGCGAGGGCUUCCUAUUUGACAAACUACCCAUGGAAAUCCGUCUCCAGGACCCCCUCGUCACAGCAACGUUGCCAUACAGAAAAGAAUCCGCUUCUCAAAUCGGCGAACUUAUCUUCCGCGCUCUGCCGCAGCUCUCGACGAACUUGACACAUAAGGAAUUCACCCCUCCCCCCCUCUUCAACUUCGACUUCAUUUCCGCCGUCGCAAAUAUCAUGCAUACCCACGGGUCCGCGACCAAAGAAACUCGCGCCUCCGCGGCCCUCAACUCCACCGCAACCGGCCUCCUCUGUUAUACGCAUGGCCUCUCGCACGAGCGUCGCGCCGCCCUCGCUCUUGUCUUAUACGACAGCUGCGCCGGCGACCUUCCCUCUCCGCACGAAACAUUCCUCUACCGACUCCGCCGCAUCCUCUCGGUUGAAGAGGCAUGGUGGUGCCGGUAUAUCGGGCGCGUGACGGCGUUUGUCAGCAGUAUCUAUCCCGCCGGCCUAGUUCCGCACCAGGGUCCACGGGCUGAUUUCCAAGUGCGCUGCGUGGACACUGGGCUUGGGAAGAAGAAAAAGCUUGCUGGGAUUGAGUUGACGAUUAAGAUUCCCUGCAGGGAUCGUGGGGACGGGGAGGAUAAUGGUGAUAUUGAGGGUGCGUUUACGGAUGAGAAAUUCUUGGCGGUUGGAGUUAAGCGUAUUGAGAAGAUUGGGAAGAGGAAGCAUUGGCUUCCGAAGGAAAAGGGGCACGGGCGCUUUGGGAUCAAGGUUGGGGUUAAGGUUGUGGAGGGGUUGUGACACGAUUAUUUUGGUUAUAAUGCAUGGUAGGGUAGGUACGUUGUAUUUAUUUAUUCUUUUCUUUUUACGGGUAAGGAUCAUUUUUCGACCUAUUCUAUAUGUUUUAUAGUUUGAUUUACCAAGGCUCUGAAAGCAAGUUGGUUUCGGUUAGGAUUGCGCUCCGAGGAGGGCGAUUCUUUGUAAAAAGGAACCUGAGGGGUGAACAAACUUGUGGUUAUAUUUGUGAACGCUUAUCAAUAAUAUGGCCAGCAAGUAGUUAACUAUUGUAAUAUGCCGAUGAUAACAAAACCCGGAUGUCAAACUAUUCCCCUAACGUAUGAUAAUGAAAAAUGUCAUACCCCAAAUCUGGAAAACAGCGUGUCGCAUGUCAGCAGGUGCGAGAUCUCCAGCACUGGAGGCAAAUAAACUACUUCCAUAGAGUAAUGGCGUAAAUUCACAUGGGUUGAUUUGGUUGCGCAGGACGGGUGGGAGGGGAAUCUUUCCCAGCGCAUAAAAUGACCGCACGGAGAUUGGGGGGAAAUUCAACAAGUCGAGUAAAACCGAGUGUAUUUAACCAAGUAAAACGUAAGAACUUGCAAACUACGAACGAGGCGUCUCAAGUUCAAGCCAAAGGCCAAAAAGUGAAAAAGAG